GGCCUUCAGCCCCCCAGGCCAACGUCCAUCUGCUUCCUACCUCUGCCCUUUAUCAUCCGAAGGACACAUCCUGCCUCUGAGUCAUCACACCAGCAGACCCAGGGAUUAAGAGAAAGGAGGGACAGGCUCUCGUGCGGGGCGCAGCCAAGACAUCAGCAUGCCAGAUGAAUCAGACACCAAGGAUCUGAUGCCCACUGAGAGGAAGUCGUUCUGGAGGACAGCUGAGGAGAGGCGGAUGUCUGACCUCACCCGGGUGCUGGAGUGGCUGGAGAGGAGGCAGGGCAAGAAAAAGCGUGCCCUCCAGAAAAAGACCGAAGACACAAGCCAUGCAGAAGAGAAGUCAGGAAAGAAAAGCUCGAAUGCUAAGAAGAAGCCGGACAAAGAUGCCCGCAGGGUGACCUUCAGCAAGAUUCCAGAUCCACAUGCCAGCAAGAAGCUCCCCGGUGGUUUCCACAGGGGAUACGGAGCAGACACAAGAGGCAAGCGUGUAAACGUGUCAAGCAACUUCAUCAGGGACAGUUAUAAGAAGUCAGGCAUGCCUGGAUCCAGAAAAGGAUCAGAGAACACAGACUUAGACAUCAAGGACGUCAUAGCCCUAGAAACCAACACUCGAGUAAGCCCAUACCGCCGACAAAGCUCCAUAGAUCCGGUACUUCAGGAGACUAUGUUUGGCUCACGGAGGGUGGGUCUGCUGAGAGACUGGACAAGCAAGGUUCCUGACGAACGCAAGCUGAAGAGCCUCAUGGAGAAGGGCACAGAGCCCAAGAUAGAGACAGCCAAGAUGCUGAAGCCAGAGGAGGUGCUGAGUUGCCGGUACCUGCGUUUGUCCAAGAACAACAUUAAGACCUUGAUCAAGCUGUGCAAGGAUGCAGGGAUGGAUGUGGACAUCCACCCACACAUGGUGGAAUCCGAGAUAGACUCCAAGAAGAUAUUCAGCCACCGCCACAGCACUGCACUCUAGUCAUUCACCGGAGGCUCGUCCUGUGUGGGCUGAACACCCUGUAGACUAGCUUCUCUAAACUGCACCAGGCAAACAAGUCAGACGCAUCACCACUAA